AUGGUGAAUCAAGACAAAGGUGUAUCCACCAGCCCCCAAAACUCAGGGAACCCGGAUCAGGAAUCGGGUCAAUUUGUCCGAAAUAGCAGCAGCGCCGCCGUCAAUGGGGAAAGCAAGGACAGUUUGUUCAGCCCGGGGUUUAGAUCUGUGGCGGCUAUGGCUGGUUGGGACGAAGAGGCUCUCAUGGUUGCCUCUCUUGUCGUUGAAGAUACUCCUGAUAGACAACCACAUUUGAAGCAUCACAAGAACCAGCGUAAUACUUUCAAGACUCCCCCCAGUACCAAUUCAAGAAGGAAGCGUAGAGUGCAGAGAAGGAGCCCUACUUCAAUGCCGGUGGUUAUUCUUAAUCUCGAGGAGGAGGAUACCGCUAAUAAGGUCCAACCCCCAAAAGAAUCAGAGGUGCAGAAAGAUGUGGCAGAAUCUAAGAAGGAAGAGAAGGCAUCAAGUGAAAAGGGAACUGAUGAGCAGGGCUCUGAGGCUUCCACUUCCAAUUGUUCCACUAUCCUGUGUAUGGAUCGACUUAGGGAAGAGCUUUCCUGCGCAAUUUGCUUGGAAAUCUGUUUUGAACCCAGUACCACUCCUUGUGGUCAUAGUUUCUGCAAGAAAUGUUUGAGAUCUGCCGCAGAUAAAUGUGGGAAAAAAUGUCCAAAGUGCAGGCAGCUCAUAAGUAACGUGAGACAUAGACAUGUCCAAGAGUCGAGAAGUAGUAGAGGAGCUGAAUUGAGAAAUGACAGCCCUACCAGAAGGAAUGGUAGGCAAUCUUCCAGGACAUCGUUGAGGAGAAGAAACGAGUUGCCAAGCCAAGACGAGGAUGCAGCAUUAGCAUUGAGGCUGCAGAGGGAAGAGUUCAUGGUUCAUAGGGGACCAUCAUCCGAUCAAGAAUAUACAAGCUCCCUCGCAUUGGCGAGGGCGAAUUUGAGGGCUAUGGCAUCAAGGGCUAUUAGAGGUCUCUAG